CCUGGGCCACAACACCUGCCGGACCGUGCUACACGAGCAUCCGAAUCAGAAAACCAGGAGAGUGUGUAGUUGAGAUUUGUGUGAGGGGAAUAUUGGGCUGCUCGAGUGAACAGCCCGAAACGUUGAUGAUAGUAUUUAUGACAUUUGACAAGAGAAUGACAUCGUGAGGUUGAUUUUAUGGCAACGUAAUACAUGAGCGCUCGGCGCUUAACGCAUACAACCAUGUCCCAAGAAGAUCAAGAUCUACACCUGCCCAACAUUGACUGGCCCAAAUUACGGGACACUAUUCUCGCCUCUUCAAUUUAUGCUCUGACAAAGGUUGAUAACUGGUCAAUCAGGCACCCAUAUGUUGCAGCUGGAGCCUUGAUAUGGAUCUCUGACAGUCCUGAGAUCCUUUUGACGCCAUUGCGGCUCACGGCGAAAACUGCGCGUUUUAUCUGUCUCCUCCCGCUUCGGUUGAUCCUGUGGCCCUUCAAGCUCUCGGGCAGGUUUAUCCUAUAUAUUUUUGGUUUCAGGAGAGAAGGCGUAGCGAGAGAUUCAUUGGCAUCCCAGUACCAAUCCCAUCACUACGGCGGCUACGUGCCACGGGACUCCACCUUCGCAAGAUUUCAGUCAUACGGUGCCACUGACUAUUAUGAUGACUCGGACAUAGAAGAAGCAAUCAGAUCAAUGGAAGCCGACGAAGCACGGAGAAUGAGAUUAAUGGACCCUGGCCAUUACGAGAAUGGGGAUCCUGAAGCAGGAUCGAUGCUUCCGGUUGCCGUCUCUUGGAUGUCAGCUAUUGGGGCUGGGUUUGUCUUGGGCAGGACGUGGGGGUGGUGGAAUUGAUGUGAUUAGCGCUUAUGAUGGAGGGACUCGGAGUAGGAGUCAGUGCCAGCAGCAUGAAAUAUCGUGAAGACUUGUUCCUCGUACGCUUGCAUGACCCCGUCGUCCUAGUACCGAGUACCGGAAGUUUAUGACAGGUAAGUUUGUUAAGUACUGGC